ACAUGGCUCCCAUUCCAUACUUUAACACCGUGCAGUUCCGUCUGGACUGCGGCUCAUUGGAACGACUUCACUGUACAACAAGACGCUGAGCCGAAGCGACGAAUACGUCCGAGUUCUGAACGAGUUCUUUAGAGAGCAGACAGACGUCUGGAGUGAUAUCUAUCAUGGAACCACCUGCCCAGACACUGCACCUCAAUCCUACUGAACUACUCUGGGAUGAACAAGAAAACCUCCACUGAAGAACAUCACAAGAGACACAGCAAAGUAUUUCAUCUGUAUGUUUGGAGAAACGAAGUGUCCGGAUGCUGAGAGUGUGGACAUUUAUAGAUUCGUUUGGUCAAAGGAAAUCUUCAGAUUGUUACAUUAGCGAGUUUGGUGCAUUAAAAACAAAAGGAACAUGCACAUGUCUCUCAAACACAAUCAAAAUCUCAACUAGGUGUUUCCACACUUUACAGGUGCAGAAUAAACACCGGUGGAUCAGGGUGGAGAUCUGAGUGUUAUUGCAGAAAUGUGUAAUGUGAUAAAAUUCUGCAGUGUAUUUGCUUCUUUAUUUGAUUGUGAACUGAGGAUGUCCAGAAGCUUCUAUUACUGGGUCACUAACAUCCACCUAUGGUUUCAGUAUAAAAACUACAUUUAAGAAGUCAAAGUGAACUUUAAGAGCAGCACGAUGACCUGCUGAUCUCUACAGGAAAAUCAAUUACAUAAUCCGCGCUAGGGAAUUAAACUCGCUUGUUCGAUUCAGUGAGUCAGAGUCGGGUGGAGAGUCGACUCAGCGAGGUGACUCGGGGUGAAAGCGCGUUGCGGUUUGCGCGUUGAUUUUCUACUCGAUUCUAAAGAGAGCAACAGAUCAACCCGGGGAGAUAUCUGAGAACAUCUGGAGGAUUCGAUGGAGGUCUUGGUUUUCUCUAGAGCAGGUUAGAAGACUCACACAGGGUUCUGGAUAGUUUUAUUCUUGUGGCAAAAAAAAAGAAAAAAUGAACGGAGUUUCUUUACCGAAGCUGAGAAGAGCGAAGAAAAGUGACUUUAAACACCGACACAGUAACGUUUUCCUGGACGAGGAUGAGGAACAAGAAAAAGGAGCGAUGAAGAGGCUUAGCACCAUGUGGCUGUCUGUCAGGGGCAAAAUGAACCGAGACAGAGGUAUCAAAGAGCCUGAUCCUCCGCUGAGCCCAGAUCCGGUUCCUGUAGAUGAACAGCAGAGAGAACCUCGCUACUCCAGCUGCCAGUUUUUCUUCGAGUACCUGGUGGUGGUCAGUCUUAAAAAAAACAAAACUAGCACGUACGAGCCCCAAAUAUCCUACCAGUUCCCCAAGAAGGAUGGUAUGGUGCGUUUUCAGAAGGAGGAAGAGGAGAAGACCCUGAAGGCCAUCACUCUGUUUUGUUUCCCCGAAGGCAUUAAUUGGGCUCCACUGACUGAAUAUUCCAGUGAGACGUUCUCCUUCGUCCUGACUGAGGUGGACGGCAGCAGGAGGAAUGGUUACUGCCGCAGGCUUCUGCCACAUGGGAAUGGAGCUCGCCCCCCGGAGGCGUACUGCAUCAUCAGUAAAGUGGCCUGUUUUGGUCUUUUCUCAAAGAUCUUUGACGAGGUGGAGAAGCGGCGUCAGAUCUCCAUGGCUAUGAUCUACCCGUUCAUGCAGAGUCUGCGUGAGGCUCCGUUUCCUGCUCCAGGAAACACAGUACAGAUCAAGAGCUUCAUCCCCGACUCUGGAACAGAGAUCAUCAAUCUAACACGCCCCACAGACUCAUGGUUAGAACAUGUGGAUUUCCGUAUGUUGUUUCGAUGUUUAUCGGAUGAAGAGGUGCUGCAGGUUUUUGCUGCUACAGUGUUGGAGCGCAGAAUCAUCUUCAUCGCUGAGGAGCUCGGAACGUUAUCUCAGGUGAUCCACGCCGUCUCUGUUCUCCUUCAUCCCUUCAUCUGGCAGCACACACUCAUCUCCAUUGUGCCAAAGAUUCUGAUUGACGUCAUCAUGGCUCCCACACCGUACCUGCUGGGGGUUCAAAAGUGUCUGGCUGAUGAGGUCAUCGAUCAGAGCGAUCUGCUGGCUGUUGAUUUGUCGGAGAAUCGAAAGGAAACGUUCAUCAAACGAAUUGGAGACGAGGAUUCCAUCCUGCCUCCCAAACUGAAAGAGGAGAUCCUUCAGGCUCUGAGGAGCAGAAGCCCCAAUGCCAGUUCGGAGGAACUGAACCGCAUCGUCCCUGAAGCCUUCCUGCCGUUUUUUAUUAAAACCGUCGGACAUUUCUCCAAACACGUGGUGAGGAACGGACCAGACGCAGCGGCGCACUUUAACAAGAGAAACUUCUGUAAAGCCGUCCAGUCCAAAAGCACACGACAUUUCGUCAAGAAUUUCGUACAGACGCAGAUGUUUGACCUGUUUAUACAGGAAGUGGAGCAGAGACCCGCCUCUCAGAAAGGUUAUUUUGAGCAGAAGAUCGCGGAGUAUCAGAGGAAGCUUCAGGAGAAAGCGAAGAAACACUAAAAGUUUAUAAACAUAUGUAAAAUAAACAGAAGCUGGAUGUUAAAUAAUUUUUUCCCAGUGUAGAUAGAAAAACAAGAAUUAUUUAUCUUUGAGUUUUAUUGUAAAGUGGGAAAUGUGUGUGUGUGUGUGAGAGAGAGAUUUUGGUCUUUGAAAAGUCUUUAGAUUUUUAGGUGAUUGUUUUUUUUUUGUUUUUUUUUUAAUCUGAGCCAGAAUUCAAAUAAAAUAAAAAAAACUUCGUCAAAGUGGCGAAAA